AUGGUCCACAUCAAAGAGUUUGCCGUGGAGCAAUUCAUGGACCAGUUUGAAACUACAGCCAAGUACAACGUGGCAGAAACAUGCUGUGCCUCCAUCUCGGUGAACGAUCUCCGGGAGCUAUCGGAGGACAAAUCCGAUCCGCUCGACUUUUCGACUAAGCUCACCUACGGCGCAAUUCGUGGGUCGGAACGACUCCGGGGAAAUCUGGCCGAACUGUAUUCGACCCCGACUCCCCUGCCUCUGGACACUAUUUUGAUCACCGCUGGCGCCAUUCAGGCCAAUUUUCUUCUGCUGUACUCUUUGGUUGACCCAGGCGACCAUGUUAUCUGCCACUACCCCACAUAUCAACAGCUCUACUCGGUCCCAGCGUCACUCGGCCAGAAACCCACCGGAGCUGUGAUACCUCAAGCGACAUUGAACGACAUUGUCGAGAUCGCGCGAAACUCGUCCAUCAUCAUUCAUGCAGAUGAAGUGUAUCGACCGAUAUUUCAUUCAAUCAGCCCCGAUGACGACCAGUUCCCAUCAUCACUCCUUUCCCUAGGAUACGAACAUACUGUAGUGACAGGCUCCAUGUCCAAGGCAUAUAGCCUGGCGGGACUUCGUGUUGGUUGGAUUGCAUCUCGCGAUCGCUCGAUCAUCGAGACCUGCGCCAACGCCAGAGACUACACAACCAUCUCCGUUGGCCAGCUGGACGACGCUAUUGCCGGUUACGCCUUAUCUCCGGCUUGUCAGACCAACCUCGUCCAGAGAAACCUUGAACUAGCCCGACGGAACCUAGCCAUUUUGGAAACGUUUAUCGAGGCUCAUCGGUGGGCAUGUGACUGGAUCAAGCCACAGGGGGGUACGACCGCUUUUGUACGCUUUAACAAUAUGGGGAGGCCAGUUGAUGACGUAGUCUUCUGCGAGAGACUCUUGGAAAGGGUCGGCGUAAUGUUUGUCCCUGGAAGUCUAUGUUUUGGGGAAGGUAAGGAUUUCAAGGGCUAUGUCCGUAUCGGAUUUGUGUGCGAGACGGAAGUGCUGGAGCAGGCCAUGGAGGCGUUGCGAUCGUUCAUGCUCGAGGAAUACAGGAAUGUGCCGGUGGUGGGCCUGUCAGAUCUCCCUAUCCCUCUCACCAUCGCCGGCCCGGCGGUGGUAGCCACACUCGCAUAUCUCAAUGCCAAAUUCUCUAUAUCCUACGAUCAUCAUAUGAUCAAGUCGAUCAUCAAUACUAGGAGAAAUACCAGUUCCGCCACAGUUCGUGAUGAAAUCAACCAUUUCUACGUGCUGGAGAAGCACGCCCGCGAUCCGAAAACCAAGGACCGACCCUUUAUCGUGUAUAAUGGACGCAGCUGGACCUUCCAUGAGACGUACGUGCUGGUGCUGCGGUACGGCGCCUGGUUCAAGCAAGUCCACGGAGUCAAGCCCCGAGAAGUCGUCGCCAUGGACUUUAUGAACUCUGCCACAUUUCUUUUCGUUUGGUUCGGUCUCUGGAGUAUCGGAGCCGUGCCCGCUUUUAUCAAUUACAAUCUGACUGGAAAGCCUCUGACACACUCGAUACACGCAUCGACCUCACGGCUACUGCUCGUGGAGGAGGAACUUCGCCCACGUUUCUCUCCAGAACAGUUGGAGACAUUCGCUGCGCCUAACUUUCGGGAUGGGAAAGGCCCAGUUGAGCUGAUCUUCUUCACGCCAGAGGUCGAUGCACAGAUCCUACAGAUGGAGCCCACCCGGGAGGAUAACAAAUCCCGGGGUGGUGUUCAACUCCGCGACAUGGCCGUGCUGAUUUACACGAGUGGCACUACGGGCCUUCCCAAGCCCGCCAUUCUCCCUUGGAGGAAGGUCUGGGCUAGUGGUGUACUCAUGCAUAACUGGCUAAAUUUGACCAAAGAGGACCGGAUGUUCACAUGCAUGCCUCUCUAUCACUCCUCCGCGGCCAUCAUCGGCGUUGUGUCGUGUCUUUGGACAGGGGCGGCCGUGAUUAUUGGUCGUAAAUUCUCAUCCCGGAAAUUCUGGCCCGAAGUCCGGGAAACCGAUGCGACGAUCAUUCAGUACGUGGGUGAGACCAUGCGAUAUCUUCUAGCAGUGCCGCCCUCGAUCGAUCCCAUCACAGGGGAAGACCUGGACAAGAAGCACCGGGUUCGGCUGGCCCUGGGCAACGGUUUGCGUCCGGACAUCUGGAAUCGUGUGAAGGAACGUUAUAAUAUCCCUACGAUUGCGGAGCUUUACGCUUCCACCGAAGGAACAGGCGGAUUAUUCAACCUCUCGUCCAACGACUUUUCCGCCGGAGCAAUCGGCCGCAACGGGGCGCUCACCAGUAUGAUCAUCGGCCGUGGCAUCGCAAUCGUCCAAGUCGAUCAGGAAUCACAGGAACCCUGGCGAGAUCCCAAGACGGGUUUCUGCAAGAAAGUUCCGUGGGGCGAGCCCGGUGAGCUGCUGCACGCGCUCGACCCCCAGGACCCGGGGGAAACCUUUGGCGGUUAUUACGGGAAUACCAAGGCCACCGAGAGUAAGAUCCUCCGUGAUGUGUUGCGCAAGGGCGAUGUCUACUACCGAUCUGGUGACAUGGUUCGGUGGGACAAGGAGGGCCGCUGGUACUUCUCGGACCGUCUGGGCGACACGUUCCGAUGGAAGAGCGAGAACGUGUCGACCAGCGAGGUGGCCGAAGUCCUGGGCGUGCAUCCGGCGGUGCACGAAGCCAACGUCUAUGGAGUUGCUUUGCCGAACCACGACGGGCGUGCUGGCUGUGCGGCCAUUGUUUUCCAGCAGCAGACGCGGGCUGAGGACCAGUCUGUGGUGCUUACUCCCUCGGAUGAGACUCUCAGUAGUGUGGCAGCGCAUGUGUUGAAAAACCUGCCACGCUUUGCUGCUCCCCAGUUCCUGCGCGUCAUGACGGAGAUGGAAGCGACGGGGAACAACAAGCAACAAAAGCAUGUUCUUCGGACACAAGGCGUGGAUCCUUCGCUGGUGGCUUCGAGCGAUAAGAUGUACUGGCUGCAGGGGAACCAGUAUGUUCCAUUUGAAGCGAAGGACUGGAACCGAUUGCAAGCUGGGCAGGCCAAGCUGUAG